GAUUGUAAGGACACAAUGGAAUGUAAUUGCCUUGCUUGCUUUCAGAAUCGAGAGAUGCUUCCAUUUUGGAUGAACAGCACUGGCAAGAGGGAAGGCUGGCAGCAUGGAUGGCACGGAUAUGACAACGAACUCAUGGACAUGAGGGGUGUCUUCCUGGCCUUUGGACCUGAUUUCAAAUCCAACUUCAGAGCUGCUCCGAUCAGAUCCGUGGAUGUCUACAAUGUCAUGUGCCACGUGACAGGCAUCGCCCCCCUGCCCAACAACGGGUCCUGGUCCAGGGUGGUGUGUAUGCUGAAGGACCAGGCCAGCUCGGCUCCGUCUGUCCUGCCAGGCAGCUGUGCAGUGGCCUUGAUCCUCCUGUUCCUGUUUGCAUAGCUGCUCCUGUUGUUGUCCCAGAACACUCAGCCCUGUGUGCCUCCAUGGUGGGCUGGUUUCCAUUUUCUGUUUGAAUAAUAGCUUCAUUAACACAAUCAAGACCAUACAAAUUGUAAAUAUAUUAUCCUUGGAUGAUUCUA